CGCAUGGAACUUCACCUAUUUGAAUUCGUGUCACUCUCUAUUUGUCCCUCUCCACCCUUAAAUCCCAAAUAAAUUUCCUUACCCCCUUAGAAAACCUAUAUGUAUUUACCGAAAAAUACAUCACCUCACAUAAACUUCCAAAAACACUAAAUUCCUAUUACACGACGAAAAACAAAUUUUCAGUUGUUUGUAUUUGGCUCGAAUAAUAAUCUCCAAUUAUUAGUAUAUUCCCUUCCCUCCAUAAAAAAAAAAAAAAAACCAUUCCCCAACAUCCCUUCCAAGCCCGCUGCAGUGCACGCACGUAGGGUUUUGAUCCAUCUCCGGCCACCGCCAUGGAGCAUUUGAACAAGCAGUUGGAAGAAGGCUUUCUCCUCCACAACCACCACCAUGAACCCAGCCUCCUCAGCCACCGUGAACUCUCCUCCACCGCCGCCGACGACGACAAGCAGUUUGAAUCAUCACCAUGCUACCAAGAAAAUACCGAUGACGAGAAGCCUUACAGCAAGAUAAAGCUGAUGAACAAGAUCUACUACAUGAACAUGCUCAAGGCCGAGAAGAUGAAGAGCGCCGUCGUUUCAAAACUCCGCAUCGCCAUGUUCAAAAACUUAGCCACGCGCCUGACCGGCGCGUUCCUCGCCCUCUGCAUCCUCUUUCAGUUGAUGGCGCUCGCCGGCCGGGGCGGCUCCGGAGGUGCUGACGUGGACGCAGAUUUCUACAAGUCUCUUCCUCCCGAGAGGAUUUAUGAGAGCAAUGGGUAUUUGAUGAUAUCUUCCAAUGGAGGAUUAAACCAGAUGAGAUCCGGUAUAUGUGACAUGGUGGCCAUUGCAAGGUUCCUGAAUGUCACAUUGAUUGUUCCUGAACUCGACAAUACCUCCUUCUGGAAUGACCAGAGCCAAUUUGCUAACAUAUUCAACGUGGACUACUUCAUUGCAUCUCUAAGAGAUGAAGUCAAGAUACUGAAACAACUGCCUGAAGAUCCAAAGCAGAAGAUCAUUGAUACAGGCUCCCUAUACUCUAUGGCGCCUGUCAGUUGGUCCAACAUGUCAUAUUACUACAACAAGAUCCUACCUAAAAUUAAGUCAUUCGAAGUCCUUCAACUCACAAAAUCAGACGCCAGAUUGGCCAACAACGGCAUCCCCGAGGAAGUUCAAAAGUUGAGGUGCAGAGUCAACUACCAGGCGUUGAGAUUCGCUCCUCCAAUCGAGAAGUUGGCCAAGAAAAUCGUCAGAAUUCUCAAACAAAACGGCCAGUUCCUAGUUCUCCAUCUCAGAUACGAGAUGGACAUGUUGGCCUUCUCAGGAUGCAACGAAGGAUGCUCCACUCAAGAGAUCCAGGAACUCACAGCAAUGAGGUAUGCAUAUCCAUGGUGGAAAGUGAAGGAGAUCGACUCGGACAAAGUGAGGCAAGAAGGGUUGUGCCCUCUGACUCCAGAGGAAACAACACUGGCGCUCCAGGCACUGGACAUCGACCCCAAGAUUCAGAUCUACAUCGCGGCGGGAGAUAUCUAUGGCGGGGAGAGGAGGCUAGCCAGCAUGAGGAAAGCCUUCCCGAGGUUGGUCAAGAAAGAGACAUUACUCCGAGAAUCGGACCUGGCACCAUUCAGGAACCAUUCAAACCAGAUGGCUGCACUGGAUUACCAUGUUGCCGUCGAGGCCGACAUUUUCGCACCGACUUAUGGCGGGAACAUGGCCAAGGUUGUUGAAGGACAUAGAAGGUUUUUAGGGCACAGGAAGACUAUAUUGCUUGACAGGAAGGCUAUCGUGGGGCUGGUUGAUCGGUACAAAAAUGGAGGCUUGAGUUGGGAGGAAUUCUCGACCGCGGUGAAGGAAGCUCAUUCGGAUAAAAUGGGGCAGCCGACGAGGAGGCUGGAGAUUCCUGGUAAGCCCAAGGAUGAAGACUAUUUUUACACUAAUCCGCAAGAAUGUCUGUCGCAGCUUGAAGAUUGAGAGGAAAAAUGGGGUUCCAGGCAAAAUCAAUUUGGGGGGUUGUGACAUUUUGUGUAUAUUAAUUGUCGAUAUCAAUUAUCAAGCAUUGGCAGCAAGAUCGUGAUGUUUAUGAGAAUGGGUGUUGGUGAAGAAUAGUGUAGGGAGUUAUUUCAAAAGGUCUAAUUUUCUUGUAUUAAUUAAUGAUGAGCUAGAGAUAUAUUCCACAAACAACAUUGAAGAUGUGAAAUAUUUAUAAGCUCUUUGAAUUUGCCUUCACUCUCGAUCUAUUUCUUGUUUGUUAUUGUAGUCCUUUAAUUGCAAUUUCUCAACUUUUUCGAGGAAAAUAACUUCAAGGAAAGACC